CGGGAACGCCCCGGGGUUGUGUGGGACGCGCUUUCCUUUUCGUCGUUCUGAAUCCGCCGGAUCUUUAAUCGGGACCAGACCUCGUAUUUCCGACACCGGCGCCGACAUGUCUUCUCCGGCUGAAUAUUAUAACUCGCUUCCACCUAUAACAAAGGCUUACGGUACUUUGUGUGUCCUGGCCACAACAGCCUAUCAGUUGGGCUUACUGAAUCAUGUUCAUCUCGCUUUGAUUCCUGAACUGGCAAUUAAGCAGUUCCAGGUGUGGAGGUUGAUAACAAAUUUCUUUUUCCUCGGUGGGUUCUCAAUCAAUUUCGGGAUCCGUCUAUUGAUGAUAGCAAGAUAUGGAGUUCAACUGGAAAAGGGACCGUUUGAAAGGCGAACAGCAGACUUUCUGUGGAUGAUGAUAUUCGGGUCCUUGACAUUAUUGGUUUUAUCGUUCAUACCCUUUUUCUGGUCCCCUUUCCUUGGCGUAUCACUGGUGUUUAUGCUCCUAUAUCUCUGGAGCAGAGAAUUCCCAAAUGCCAACAUCAAUAUCUACGGCCUCGUCAGUCUUAAGGCUUUCUAUCUCCCGUGGGCAAUGCUGGCAUUGGAUGUUAUUUUCGGGUCCAAAAUCAUGCCAGAUCUUAUUGGCAUCAUUGCCGGGCAUCUCUACUACUUCCUGACUGUGCUCCAUCCUCUCGCCACCGGAAAGAAUUACCUUAAAACCCCGAAAUGGGUGCAUAAUCUGGUGGCGAAGUGGCGAAUUGGAGCUCCGGGAAUCGCUCGAGGAGGAGGAGGAGGAAGUGGAGGAGGAGCUCCUUCUAGGGGAAGCGCCCCACCCGAGAGCUCAAACGCGGCUUUCAGAGGGAGAUCAUACCGUCUCAGUGAUUGAAAAAUUCUCCUGGUUACUAUGAUGUUCGCAUCAGUUUCAUCAUUCCUUAAGUGUUCUUCAGACAUUAUCCACUUUGUCAAUUAACCAGAGGUAAGUUUCUGAUAGAAAUGAAUACUUUUGUGUUUGAGAAUAACAGUUCUUGUUGUUGGCUUAUAGCUUUUAGGAAGAAAGCAUUGGAUAUAUA